AUGAGACUAAGGAAGAUAGUGAGAAAUUUUGAUAAUAAGGAAAAUACAUUUCUAAUUAGCCAAGAGUCUGAUAGUCCAAUUGCUCAUAGAUCUAAAACAAUGGAUCUUAAUGUGCCUCCUACAAAAAUACCGAGAAGUCUAUUUGGCUACAAGAAUAUCAAAUAUUUUAAUUAUUCAGCAUAUAUAGGUAUAGUUACCUUGUUAAUAUUUGCAUUUUGCAAUGUGUUAACACACUUUAAUGGUGCUGAUUUACCAGGAUGUCAUCAAAUAUACAUGUAUCCAUCAUAUGCAAGAAUAGAUGGUUUUGAUGAGAGGUAUACGGAUCUAGCGAGUAAAUAUCAUCUAUAUCUGUAUAGAGAACAAGAUAAAGAUAAGGAGCCCGUGAACAAUGAUGAAAUUCAAUUAGAUGGUAUUCCAGUUUUAUUUAUUCCAGGCAACGCUGGUAGUUUCAAACAAGUGAGGUCUAUCGCAGCUGCCUCAGCUAAUUUGUAUUUCGAUUACAAAGAGGAUAUUACCAAUGAGGUAGCAAAGAAUUUAGAUGUUUUUGCAGCUGACUUUAACGAAGAUUUUACGGCAUUUCAUGGAAGAACUUUAUUAGAUCAAGCUAUUUAUUUAAAUGAUGCCGUCAGAUAUAUUCUCGAAUUAUACGAACAAUCUCCUUCUCAUAAAGACACAUUACCAAAAUCAGUUAUUAUUGUGGGCCAUUCUAUGGGUGGAAUUGUGGCUCGUGUCAUGCCUACCUUAGAAAAUUAUGUUGAUGAGUCGAUAACAUCAAUUAUUACAUUAUCCACUCCACAUGCAGCCGCGCCAUUGACUUUUGAUGGUGAUGUUUUAAAAUUGUAUGAACAAACAAAUGAUUAUUGGAACAAACAGUUUUCUAAUCCCAACUCCUAUUUUUCUCAGCAUCUGUCUCUUAUAUCAAUAACAGGUGGUAUUUCAGACAUGAUUUUACCCGCCGACUAUACAGCAGUUAAUACAAUUAUACCACCAGCAAAUGGGUUUACAACAUAUAGUUCAAAUAUUCCGGAUGUAUGGACACCAAUUGACCAUCUAGCUGUUGUUUGGUGUGAUCAGUUACGUCAAGUUAUAGCACAAUUACUAUUAGAGAGCGUGGACUCUACAAGUCCAUCAAAGGUGAAAUCCCUUGCAGAAAGGAUUGCUAUUGCUAAGCAUUUAUUAUUAUCAGGAUUUGAAGAAGAAUCAUAUCAAAUGGAAACUAUUACUAACGAAGAAAAUCAAUACACUGCAUUAGAUCAGGACAAGCUUUUAGAAGCUUAUAAUCUUAAGACAGGUGAUAUACUGACAAUUAGAUUAGCAGAUGUAACUGAAUUACCAUCAUAUAUUAAAGUUAUUAUACCUAAGGAUACAGCCUCAACCUAUCAAUUUAGUAUGCUGUCUUCAUUACACAACAUAAAAAUUCGUUUCUGCACUAACAAAAAGAAGGCUUUACCCGAUAAUGAUGAUAAUUCAGUUUACUUCAAUUGUGUUUCUGAAGAUGAUUUAUUUGCAACGAUUCCAAAUCCAUCUGAAGGAGUAUUUUUGGCUAGCGAUUCAUCAAUGGAUUCUGACCACGAACCUUAUAAAAUGUUAGUUUUUACUGAAAAGGAAUUAUCAAAAUUUGAUUUUAUUAUAAUUGAAACACCACCAAUUGUAGAAAUGAAGGCAUCUGAUUACUCUGUCAUUGCAAUGGAAACUGACUAUUAUUUGGAAACAACAAAAUAUAGCCCUUUUUAUACAACUUUUUUUGGAUUUACUGAAUUGGUUCCAGAAACUGCAUUUGUAAGAACAUUUAAGCAUCCAAAAAUUUGGAACUCAUUAUUUUCUUAUCGUGUGACUUCUUUCCUCUACUCAGUAAAAGUUGAUAACUUUUUAUUUAGACCUUUUGUACGACAAUGGGUUAAAUCUCCUUUGGAAUCUAAGUGGCAUAUGGAUGUUUUAAGUCAUUCAUUCGAUGUGAAUAUGCAUAAUAAGGCUCCUUUUGUUCCUUAUGAGCCACAAGAUACAAACUGCACCGAUUGCGGACUGAAUAUGGUCGUAAUUGUUCCACCACGAAUGGAUCUUCAAUUAGAAUGGAGUGUGAAUUGGCCUUUGACUAUUAAAAUGCUUUUUAUUAGAUAUAGAUUAGCCAUUGCCUCGUUCCCAACAUUUUUUAUAUCUGGAAUUAUUGCUAUUCAAUUCUAUUAUUACAACAAAACUGAGAUUUAUCCAGCUUUCGAAGAUGUGACAAAUAUGCUUAUAAAGCGAUAUUCCAUUCCAAUUGUUAUUUCUUUCUUCUUAUUAUCUCCUGUUACAAGCACAAGAUUUGUUCAAAGAAUUUUAUACUGGAUUGAUCCAUUAAAAGUAUCAAGACCGUUACUAUUUGAAAACGAAGGCAUUUACUCAGACAUUUAUUACUUAGGAAUAAGUGACAUUUUCCCCUCAUUGCUUGGGCCAGUGUUUGGCUACAUAGCAAUUGGAAUCGUUUAUACUUUCUGCAUGAUUCUAAAAGUUUGUGAAAACUUAAUAAAGAAAAUUACUAGGAGUAGAAUUUUUAAAGGAAAAUUGUACGUUGAAUUACCACCAAAUAUGAAAAAUCAAGGAAAGAUUCUUGGCAAAACUCGUUUGGCAGCUGCAUUCCUUUUAGUUUUGAUGGUAAUCUUUUAUAUUCCUUAUCAACUAGCUUUUCUUCUGGUUGUUAUUGUCCAGAUUGGUACAUGUGGCCGUAUUGCCAGUAUAAGUGGCAUCGAACGUACUAAGGAUUACUCAAAUUUGAGAAAUUACAAUUUUUCAAUCCUUUUAUUGUCACUAUUCGUAGCUGCAAUUAAUUUCCCUGUUAUUAUUGUAUUUUUACACAAUGUUGCUAUUAGAUGGGAAACAUCAUUUCGUUCUCAUCACAACUUUCUAGCAAUUGCACCCGUCAUACUAUUAUUUGCUAGCAAUUCCAACUUUCGAGUUCCAAGAUUCCAAUCAAAUGGCAUUACAGAUGGAGGCCUUGCUAUAAUAUUGUUUGGAUAUCUAAGCUGCUUUAGUUUAGUAUAUGGUAUAAGAAACACAUAUUGGAUACACUACAUUUUUAAUGUUAUAUGUAUAUGGCUUCUCUACAACGUAACAAUUUGUACCACAGAUAAGAGACAAGCAUGA